AGUGAUUCCGCGAGUGAACAUAGAGUUCAUAUGUCGAGUAAGGCUACGUCACUAACUAGCGUUGAGUUAAGCGGCUCUUCCCGCUCAGAACGACAGGCAGGCAGGAACAUCAUCUAGCUGCAGCUCCAAUUCCAUCUGUCGUCUCUCCCCACCACCCACCGUCGACCGCCCCGCCAACCCACCUACCACCUAUCAGCUUUUCCAGCUGUACCAGGUGUACCACCGCCACUUCCAUCACCUCACACCACCAGCCCCAACGAUGUCGGGCGGAUGGAAUACGAUUGAAUCCGAUGCUGGAGUGUUCACAUACCUCGUCGAGAACCUCGGCGUGAAGGACGUACAGUUCGAGGAGAUGAUAUCGCUGGACUCAUCGUACCUACAGCAGCUUCCCCCCGUCUACGGCGUAAUCUUCCUGUUCAAGUACCCCGUGGGGGAGAGCAAACCCUCGGAUGGCACUGCGGCGGAUGGCACGUUCGACCCCGGGGCAGCCGAGAACCUAUUCUUUGCAAACCAGGUCAUACAGAAUGCGUGCGCGACGCAGGCGAUCCUGUCGGUCCUGCUGAAUCGUGCGGAUAUCGACGUCGGAAAGGACCUAAAGGAUUUUGGAGAGUUUACGCAGGCGUUUCCGAGUGAUCUAAGAGGCGAGGCGCUCUCGAACUCGGAGCUAAUCCGGACGGUGCACAACUCAUUUGCGCGAUCGUCGCCGUUCGUGGACGAGGGGUCGCGGGCCGCGACGGAGGAUGACGACGUCUACCACUUCAUCGCGUACACCUCGCUGCAGGGCUCCUUGUACGAGCUCGACGGGCUGCAGCCGGCGCCGAUAUCGCACGGCCCUUGCACCGACGCCGAUUUCGCAGAGAAGAUCAUUCCCAUCCUGCAGCGCCGCAUAGGAAGAUACCCUGCCUCCGAGAUAAGGUUCAAUCUGCUCGCGAUGAUUCAGGAUCCGAGGGUCAGAGCGAGGGAGAUCGGUGAUGAGGAUACGCUGGCACGUGAGGAGCAGAGGAGACAGGCCUGGCUCUGGGAGAAUGAACUCAGGAGACAUAAUUUUGUCGGGUUCGUCCAUGAGGUUGCCAAGGCGGUUGCGAGGAAGAAGUUGAAGGAGGGCGCGUUUGAGGUGUGGAUGGGCCAGGCGAAGGAGAAGGCGAAGUCGAGGCACGCGAAUAGGAAGCAGGCGGCGGCGGCGGCGGGAGGCGAUGAGAUGGAGUACUAGGAUUCUACCUACAUACUGCGGAUAUGCUCGGCGAGAUCGCGAAUCAUGUCCUUCACUGUGUAGAGAUCGUAUAGCGUAUACCUACCUCAUACUCGCACAUUCCGUCCCAGCGAUUGGCUUAUGCAUAUGUUC